AUGGCCUCACCACUACCAUCUCUUCCUUCAGAAAUAUUUUUUGAUCACAUUCUAACACGAACAUCGCUCGAAAGCCUAGGCCGGUGCAGGCUGGUUUCAAAGGACUGGAAUCACAUCACAUAUGACUCAAGGUUCUGGAAAUCUUUUUGCAAGAGAAGCGACACCAUAUCGGGGUUUUUAAUUCAGAGCCAGAGCCAGAUCGACGGGAAGCACAUACAAACGUUUGUGUCUGUAGAUAACAAGGCCAACAAGAAUUUUUCACACGCUAUUCUCGACUUCUUGCCUGUCCCUGUCAAAAUUGAAGCUGUGAGUCAAGGCCUAGUGUUUUGUGUGGACCAAAAUGUCAGCGUGGUUCGUGAUUAUUUUAUAUGCAAACCUACCACUCUACAAUGGGAGAAGUUACCAAAUCCAAAGACUAGGUUCUUGACUUCAAUGACUGCCAUGGCUGUGUUGAGUUCGAAGCCUUUAAGGUACAAGAUUAUUCGGUUCUCGAGCCACAAGUAUCCUUUCUCCAAGUUCAAGUCAAGACAGUACUAUAACAUGACAUGUGAGGUGUUUGAUUCAAACACUUGGGCAUGGAAGCGGUUGAAGAAUGUAAGUUUACCCUAUUGUGUUUUAUUGGGCAUCGACCAGCCUUAUGUAACAUCAUGCGGCGCGUUCUACUGGCUUGUUCGGCUUGCGAGGAGCAACCAAGUGUUUGCUUUUUAUUACGGAGAUGAUAAAGAGAGUUGGGAGAUUUUCGAUUUACCACCUCCGAUGGAGGAGAGUGGCGGUUUCAAUUACAAAAAACUUGUGGAGUACCAAGGUAGGCUUGCAUUGAUCAUCUGUGAAAGAGAGGUCAUGGACUUGUGGGUUAUGGAAAAUCAUGGGAAAAAGUUAUGGAGCAAGCGGCAGACAUGGACAUUGAGCACUAAAGUGUGUAAACAAGUGGAGGGCUAUAUUCCUCCUCUUGCAGCACUUUACAACAGUGAUAUUGCACUUAUAAAAGGGCGCGACGAAAAACUCAUAUUUUACAAUUUUGAAGAUUCUAGUGCUAAUGUGGUUUCUAAACUUUUCCGGUCAGAGUCGGUGUAA